UUAUAGUUCAAUGUUCACGAAUUCUAAUGUUAAGCCGUCUGGAAAAUCGGUCUGGAACCCCCGACUCAUUUCUACAUCAGACGGUCUUGUGACAGAAACCGUCGCGGAGUCGCAUAUUGUCCAUUAUAGCCUUUCAGUGGUAUCGUAAUCGCUUCAGAUAUUGCUGAGUAAACAUCGCUACAUAUUACCCUGGCUCAAACUCCCCAUUUCUCCUUUACGAAACAGCUUGAAAGGUGUCUGAAGUCAUUUGUAUAAAGUCAGACUAGUAGAAAACGUCCAACGGUCCAACCCACAGCCAUUUCACAGAAAAAUGUCUGAAGAGAACGUCAGAAGACGCAAGGAGAAGUGUGAGAAUUGCACUAAACAGUGCAACAAGAAGCCGAGUGAUGAAGACCGUAGUUCCCUUCCGGAGGAAGAUGUAGCCAACGGAGAGUUCCCUGCCUCCUCCCAUCUCCUCAAGCAGCAGGUGUUGCUGAGUGCCUGUCUGUCCUGUGAGGGCUGUGUGUCCGAGGAGGAGAGCCUAAAGAUCUCCCAACAGAACCUGGAGGAGGUUGCCCGCGUCCUGGGUCUCAACAAGAAGUGUGAUGUGUCCAAACACCAGGUCCUGGUGGUGUCAGUGUGUCCCCAGUCUCUGCCUUUCUUCGCUGUCAAGUACGGUCUGGACAUUCCUGAGGCCACACGCAAGCUCUGUGGCUUCCUCAAGAGCCUGGGAGUGCAGUAUGUCUUUGAUACCACUCUAGCAGCAGGCUUCAGUAUUCUGGAGAGCCAGAGAGACUUUGUCCAGAGGUACAGCAGGAGGCACCAUGAUAGCCAGGCCCUACCCAUGUUCACCUCCUCCUGUCCAGGGUGGAUCCGGUACGCUGAGCGUGUUCUGGGCAGUCUGGUCACUCCUCACAUCUGUACGGCCAGGUCUCCUCAACAGAUCAUGGGCUGUCUGGUCAAAGACUAUUUCACCAAACAACAGAAGCUGAGCCCAGACAAGCUUUACCAUAUUAUGGUGGCUCCAUGCUUUGAUAAGAAACUGGAGGCAGUGCGAGAGGAGUUCUACAACAGUCUCCUGGAGAGCAGAGACGUGGACUGUGUCCUCACAUCCGGGGAGGUGUUCCACAUGAUGGAGCAGAUGAAGGUGUCACUAGCAGACCUAGACUCCGUCCCUCUAGACCACGUCCUGGGUGAGGCGGGGGAUCCAGCCUUGGUGAGACACCAGGGCAGAGGAUCGGAGGGCUUCCUGGAACACAUCUUCAAAUAUGCUGCUUCUGAACUGUUUAGUCUGGAUGUAGAGGAGAUCACAUACAAGACUCUCAGGAACCGUGACUUUCAGGAGGUGUGUCUGGAGCGGGAUGGAGAGGUGCUGCUGCAGUUUGCAUCCGUCUACGGCUUCAGGAACAUCCAGACCCUGGUCCAUCGCAUGAGGAAAGGACACGUCCCCUACCAAUUGGUGGAAGUGCUCUCCUGCCCCGGAGGUUGUGUGAGUGGUCGUGGGCAGGCGCAGGGAGAGACAGGAGGCCGGGUGGACAAAGCCUUGGUUCAGCAGAUGGAGGAGGCCUACAGCAGUCUACCAGUCAGGCUGCCUGACACCAACCCUGGCCUACACUUUCUCUACCAGGACUGGCUGGAGGGACAGGACUCAACGCACGCCAACACACUCCUACACACACAGUACACACAGCAGAGCCCCAGCCAGACACUGAUACACACAAAGCCCCCGCACAUACAGUGGUACCAUUGUAUAGGUGGGGAUGGCCAGAGGACCAGGAUGUUGCUUUUGUGGUCUUUUGCACCCUGCCUAAAGGAUCAUCUAUGGAAAAGACUGGACCAGUAUAUCCCAGAAAGACUUCGUUCUGGACUACAAUAUGCCACAAGGUGGUGCUGUUGUUCCAUCUGUUUCAUUGCUGUGGAGGCUGGUCCACUGUGCUCUCACACCAUGGAGGGGGAAACAAAGAUAUGGGAAAAGGACGCUAGUGCCAAAUAUGUGGGCUAGAUUCCAGCGCGAAUCAAUUAUGUGACGGACCACAACAUUUAAUCCAGAGGGACACAUUUGCAGGAUGGACAACAUUUCAUCUGCCAGCCAAAGGAGCAGUAACCCUGGGAGGAAUAAUAUUCGAUCCAAGGGGAUGAAGCUGAAAAACUCACACAAAUGUGUCCUGUUAACAUGUACUGAAUGUUAAGCCUGUAAGAAUAUCUAGAUGCCUUAGUACUAUUGCAUUUCAGAGGAGUAAAAAUACCCAAAAUGUUCAACAUAAAACCAGGUGUACUUGUUUCAACUGUGAAAUGUACAUGGUGUUUUGUCUCCUGUGAUUCCAAAAUGAUCAAUCAAUUGAUUGAAAAUGCUAGAUCUUCUCACUAAUAAUGCUGAUAGUGCUGUUGUGACUGCCAUUUGCAUUGCGUGUGUUCAUCCAUGUAACAAUCACUGCAAUCAAUUUGGUAAAUGGCUGUGGGAUGGAGAAAUAUAACCACUCUCAAAUUCAUAGACAAGCUAUUGAGACUUUUUCAUUUAUUUUUUAUUUUGUUUACCCUUUAUUAAUACAGGUUUUUUUCUCAUUGUAUUCCUCUUUUUCAAGAGGGACCUGAAGAGAGACUGACCAUUUAUGAUUUAAAAAUUAUAGUUUUAACCAUAACAAAUCAAAUGUUAUUAGCCAAAUGCUUCGUAAACAACAGGUGUAGACAAACAGUGAAAUGCUUACUUACGUGUCCAUUUCCAACAAUGCAGAGUUAAAGAUAUAAAACAGAAUUAGUGACACGAGGAAUGAAUACACAGUGAAUAACAUGUUUUUUCUUCUUCAUAUUCACAUUGUUUACAAACAAAUGAAUAAAACAAGCUCAUAUUUAGGGUUCUGAUGGGGUACAACCGUUGAUCUAAGCAUGAGGCAUUUCUAAGUUCUAUUUUUCAAUAGUUAUUGGGUACACAUCAAUCCAUUUACAUGUCCAAAAGUGAAUGUACCAAUCACAGAUUGGCCCUUUUAAGGUUAUUGUUUUAUUUGACCAUAUAGUGUCUGUGUCAUAUUGAUUGAUGAGCAUUAAAACAAUUCUGACCUGGA